AUGGUAGGACUGCUGCUGGGAUCUCUGGUGGGAGGAGCCAUCUCAGACCGGUUUGGGAAGCGACCGGUCCUUCUGGUCUGUGUCCUGGUCCACUCUCUCUGUGCUCUGAUCCCGGCUCUGGUGUCUCAGUCGCUGGUUUUCCUCAUGGUUCGAUGCGUCACAGGAAUCUGCUCCUGCAUCAUCAGUAACUGCUCCUUCAGCCUCGCGGUGGAGUGGACCCUGCCUCGCUCCCGCCUCUGGCCCCCCGCCGUGUUGCCCUUCUGCUUCAGUCUGGGGACCAUGGCUGGAGCCGCUGUGGCCUGGACCAGUCCCUCCUGGACCUGGCUCCACCUCGCCCUGGGCCUGCCGCAGGUUGCCUUCCUGCCCCUGGUCUUUUGGAUCCCAGAGUCUCCGCGGUGGCUACUGCUGAAGAAGAGGCUGGAUGUUCUGGAGCGUUACCGCGGCAACAGCAAGAAGGACAAACACUGUCUGGACAAGCUGCUGAACUCCGCCCUCUCGGAGCUGCAGAAAUCCACUGAAGCCAAAACCGAGAGCGACUCGGCUCACAAUGACAUCAUCAACAUGCGACACCCCACGGUCCUCAAGCGUCUCUUCAUCAUGAGCUUCAUCAGCGUGGUCUCUGCGCUGACAUACUAUGGGAUCUGUCUGAACCUGGGCUCCUUCGGGGUCUCGGUCCACUCGGCGUUGCUGGUCUCUGGUCUCACCGAGGCUCCAUGUCUCCUGGUCCCUCUGAUUCGACUGGGGAGACGACUUAGCACCAUCCUGGCCCUGUUGACCAGCGGAGUCGCCUGCAUCCUGUCCCUGCUGCUGUCCCACUACCACUGUGAGGCCGUGUGGGUCAUGACGUCUGCUCUCCUGGGAAAACUCUGCAUCCUUAUGGCCUCUCUGAUCUGCAACCUAUUCAGCAUUGAGCUCUUCCCCACCGUUAUCCGACAGCGCUGCGUCUCGUUUGUGAACCUCUGUUUUCGACUUGGCUCGCUCGCCAACGCCUUAGUCCUGCCUUCCUCAGAGGGAGCCAUCUCUUUGGGCGCCAUGUUGGUGUACAGCAGCGGACCAAUCACAGGCUGUGCACUGUGCCUGUUGCUCCCGGAGACGAGCGGCUCACCACUUCCUGAUUCUGUGCAUGACUGCGAACAACAAAACCAAAGAGACCAAAAAUGGGACAGGGCCCUCUGCUGUAGACGGAUCGGUGAAGAUAAAGACCAUUUCAACCAAAGAUCCUCUGGGACUGUUGCUCUGAGCUCCCACAAUGCAUCAGGGCCGAUAUGA